GUUCCCUGUGGCAGAGAAGGCCUGGUACUGAUUUCAAGAAAAGGCGGCAAAAAUUUCCUUCCAUAUCGGUACAGUACUUAAAAUUGUCUUAAAUUUACCCUCUAAAAUGGAAAACGAAGACGAUUUAUCAAUGUUAACAGCUUUAUUAGACGACGAUUCAAACGAUAUUUUAACUGAUGCAGUUGAAGAAGUGGAGAAAUCGAACUCCGAGUCUCCAAAAUCCACAGGUCAUUCGUCUCCAAAUGAGGCUACCUCGAUCAACAAAAAUCCCAAAGAAAAACCGCGCAAAGAAACGCCGAAACUUGUGAUAACAAAGAAUCCACGACAAAAGAGAAAAGCAGAUGAUAUUUCCAAAGAAGAAUCUUCAAAAGGCAAAGAUAAUUCGAUGUGGGAUAAGUUUUCUGGUYUAAAUGUUAUCAAUCCUUUGAUUUCAUCUGUGAAAAUGUCUACUAAAAUGGAGGGUCGAAAGUUCAUCCCCGUCUCUCAAAUAGCCGACAAAGUCAAAGGAAAAGAUGUCGACUACGACUGGGUGACUACUGCAGUUGUAGCAAAGAAAAUUCCACCUAAAACAAGCUCAAACGGCAAGACAUAUGGGAUUUGGAAGCUCUCUGAUCUGGGAAUUACAAGUGCUAACAAUACUGUUGCUUUGUUUUUGUUUGGCGAAGUUUAUAAAACACACUGGAAGAUAACAGAGGGGAGUGUUAUUGCGAUACUUAAUGCAAACAUACUYCCUGCUAAAGAGAAACAUUCACAAGAGYUGGCUCUAUGUUUAGAUAAUCCUCAAAAACUGAUGCUAGUUGGAAUAAGCAAAGAUUUUGGUCAUUGUCUUGGACAUACAAGAAAAGAUGGCAAACCAUGUAGCAAUAUUGUUAACAAGCAAUAUGGRGAAUUCUGUGARUACCACRUCAACACUGCKUAYAAGAAAGUUAAGUCAAAACGAAUGGAGUUUCAGUCUUCCUCAGGRCCUCCCAAAGGACAGCUUAUGAAGAAACUWCAAAAGGACAUGAYGUCUUCAACCUUCAUGUAUCAAGGAAAAAUGCUUCAAGUGAACAGCCCUUCUGCUCAGAAGUCAAAAAGUGUUACCUUAAGUGCMAUUGAAAAUGCAACUAAGGCAAAACUUCCAARUAGUAUCAAGGAAAAGGUAGCAACUCCCAAAACAGAUAACACUAAACCUUCAGAAUAUUUUCUUGAUUUGUUAUCUGUKCCUACAGCUGGAACAAGGAAUCUUUCUAAAUACCUUCAYGAUGAGAAAGAGCAAAGUGAAGCAAAAUUAAAUCCCUCUAAAGCAUCAGCCUCUCAGUUACUAAAAAGCUACCGCAAGGAGCUGAAGAAUCCCAGGCCCYKCUCUACCAAUGAUGCACCUAUGUUAGGAAGAGGCUUGGARCCYGGUGGUGAUAUAAUAUUCAGCAAAUCAUCCARAAAGGCAGCYUCAGCCAAGAACCGUGCAWUGUUUAUUAUCCAGCAAAAAGGCCCYAUUGACAAAGUUGAUCCUAAUGCCAUAAAGAAAAAGMCAUCACCUCUGUCAGARAAAUCAGUUGAGCAACGUGUAGAAAAAAACCUUGARGAAACUGAUGAAUCUGACAUUUCUCCUAAGCAGUCUAAGAAGAGAAGRCUUCUUGGACCAGAGUUUGAUGCUUUUAAUAGUGAAACUGWAGAAGGAAAGAGACUCAUCAAAGCAAAGUCUUUACAUGUUGGUCAAGUWGAAGAAGCUCAAGCUGAAAGACAGGAAAAGUACUUCAACGAACUAGAGAAGAAAGAAAACAUGGAARACAAAAUGAAAGCAAUCAAAGAAAUCUCAGUCGUAGUUUACUGCUGCAAGAAGUGUGACUAUGUUGCAGAGAGUGCRUCUGAUAUCUGCUACAAGCAAAACCAUCCAGUKAAGAAGACAACUGCUUUGAAGAGAUUCUUUGCUUGUAARAAUUGCAGUCAGAGAACUAUUAGUUAUGGAUCAAAGAUCCCAAAGCUUACUUGUGCAAACUGUGGUGAAAUGAACUACCAGAGGACAUCCAUGUUGAUUGAGAGAAAGGGACCAAAGAUAGGAGGAGAGACUUUACUGGUCAGAGGAAUUGAGCACYCAAAGUUCUUGCAAGUAUAACCAAACUUAGAUAGUAGAAUAAAAACAGUGUAACCAUGGGCCAUUUUGUGAUACUAAGCACACCAAUUUACAGUCCUUGGUGCCAUAAAAAGUUUUUAGUUGGAAAAUAUCACUACAKUUGCUUGCAUGGCUACAUAACCUAGUCUCCUUCACAUCCUAUUUCAUUUCGGGCUUCCUGCCCGAUACAAAAAUGGAUGUGAAGGAGACUAUACAUAACCAGUCAAGAUAAAAUUUCUCUAAUGUAAUUAUCAAUAGACUAUUGUCAAUCAACUAAAGUGCUUUGACUAUUUUGUGAUACCAAGCAAUCCAAUUUACAGUGCCAUAAAAAAAAGUUUUUAGUUCAAAAAUAUCAUUAAAGUCUACAUGGCUACACAACCAGUCCAGAUAAUUUUCUCUAAUGCAGUAAGUAAUAGACUAUUGUCAAUCAACUAAAGUGCUUUGGUACCAACUGCUGGUUUAUUUGAGAAUUUUGAUUGACAGCAGUCUAUCACUAAUGACAUGGUGUGAAUUUUGUCUGAAUUGAUAGCAUUGCAAUGCAAAGGUUUUGAAGCCAGCACUCAGUGACACUUACCAAGCUAAUAUUAUUGUUAUAUUAAUGCUAGAUUAAAGACAAUACUGACAACCAUAUAUUACUCUAAGAAAAGAACAUCUUUGAAAAAGUCAUUAUCAUUGGAAUUUGAUAUAUUUUUACAGCUUUUUAAACUAAAUGAAGCACAUACUUUGAUUCUAUAUCUUAGAGGUCAUUUGUUUCAGCUUGAGAAAAAUUAUUACAAAGGAAUUUGUUGUUAGCUUAAGAGUAGAGCUGAGCUUCAAUGUGAAAACAGAGAUAACUUUCAAAAUAGUGCUAGGAACUGUAAAAAGGAAGAUUACUUAAAAACAUCCAAAGGUAUUUUGCUAUGAGGUACGCUAUAUUCACAGACAGUGACAACAACAAAGUCAUUUGUAUAAAAAGGUUUUUAGAAUUCACAGGAAGAAUUUUACAUGUAAUUCUAAAGUUCAGAUGAAUAGCUAAUAAAUGUUAUUGACAUGGUAAAGACAUUUURGAACUUAAUAUUCAAUAUUCUUGCAAAAAAAAAAAAAAACAUAUUGCAAAUGACUUUGUUGUUGUCUUUACAACUGAACAACGUUAAUGGGAUUGACUGUAUGAAGGCC